AAUAUUCAAGAUUUAGCGGCAGAUUUGUAUGUGAAUAUAGCGCCAAAAUAUUCACAAGAGAGGUUAGCAGCAAGUAGGCCUACAUUGAACGACAGAGGGACAAGAUAAUCUGAAAGAUGUUGGGAUUUAAUAACUUUGACACGGAAAACGUUGAUCCUCAAGUCAACAUUUCUAAAAAGAAGAGAGGAAGGAUUCCAACAAUUGUAGUGGAAGGGAACAUUGGAAGUGGAAAAUCAACAUUUUUACAGUACUUCACAAACUUUACAGAUAAAAUUGAGGUGAUUCCUGAGCCAGUUCAAAAAUGGAAAGAUGUGGAUGGAUACAACACUCUAGAUAUGAUGUAUAAGGAUGCCUCUCGGUGGAGCCUGGCUUUUCAGUCUUAUGUCCAGCUGACCAUGGCGGAGGGUCACAAACACAGGACCAAGAACACCAGUAUCAAGAUGAUGGAAAGAUCUAUAUUUAGUGCUAGAAAUUGUUUUGUUGAGAAUCUUUACCAAAGCAAGCUGAUGCCUGAGGUAGACUAUGCAGUGUUGUCCGAAUUUUAUGACUUCAUUUUACAACAGGAGAACACAAAAGUUGACAUCAUUGUGUAUUUGAAAGCUGAUCCUAAGACAUGUAAAGGAAGAAUCAGAAAAAGGGACAGAAUGGAAGAAAAAGAUGUUCCCCUUGAAUACUUGCAGUCUCUCCAUGAUCUCCAUGAAAACUGGCUGACUCACCAGAUCAAAUUCAAAUUGCCAGCCCCUGUUUAUGUGACAGGCAUGGCUGAUCAAUCACAGCAGGCAGUUGCACAGUCUCAAAAUCAACAACCCGGUGCAACCCCUCAACAAUCCAUACCACAGCAACAGCAGCAAGGAAAUGCACAUCAGCAAGCCAACACACAGCAACAACAAACUGUAGCACCAAUGCAGCAAGCACCUCCACAGCAACCAACACCGCAGCAGGUCCAACCACAACCAACAACACCACAGCAAGUUCAGCAACAGCAGGUUACACAACCAACAAUACAGCAACAUCCACAGCAACAACCAGCAUCAGUAACCAAUGCUGCCAUUAGCAUUACACCACAGAAUGCUGCUGCAAUUUUCUCUGGAAACAACUCCAUGAUGACAGUAUCUAACCCAAUGGUGGCAAAUGCCAUGACAGCCAAUGCCUUAGCUGGAAAUGCCAUGGCAGGUGCAACAUUGCAGGGUAGUAUACCAUCCCAAGCUAUGACAGCUAAUGCUAUGACUGUCAAUGCUGCCAACUUACGGAGUGCCAUACCACAGGUUCAGGUCAUUCCCCAAAUGCAGAGUACACCAUACAUGCAAUAUCCAUUCAACCAACAGCAGAUUAUGUUGCAGAAUGCUGCUGCAAUGCAAGGAAUGUCUUUGCAAGCCAUGCAAGCCAAUGCUAUGAAUAUGAACAUCAACCCACAGAUAAACAUGGCCAAUAUGAAUAUGGCUGCUAUGGCCAUGCAGCAGCAGAGGAUGGGGGCGGGGCUAAUGUCACCAGGCCCAACCACACCUACUCAGAAUCCAGGUAUAACAUUCACCCCACUACAAGCCCAGGUCUCUGCAACAGUGACAUCUACUGGCAACAAUGGAAAAUCACUGGCUGUCAGUAAAGGGCAGACAACUCCUAGCACACCUACACAACAAGCUCAGGCUACCACACUAAUUGGAGGAAAACCAAUCAUGCCAACCCAAACCAACAUUGCUGCACAGCCACUUGUUUUAAGUGUUUUACCAAAUCAAUUGACUAGUACCACAGGAUUUGUUGGUUCAAAAGGGCAGUCUAUAUCUUUGAACCAAGCAACCCCAGCACAGCUUAUAAGCACGCAAGCUCCUAUUCGAUUUAGUCAGCCACAACUUGCGUCUAGUUCAGGUCAAAUAAACAUCCAGUCUCAACCUAUCAUGACAAAUCAAUCCAUACUCCAAGCCAUGGCCACCCAGCUUCAGCAGGGAGCCAUUCCAUUGGGUCAUCAGCCAUUACAACUGUCAGCAUCUGGCCAAUCACCAACCAUUUUACCAGGACAACCGGUUUAUAUAAGAACAACACAAAUUCAGGGACAACAAGGUGUACUGGCAGCCCAGGGGGUACAGAUUGUGGGGACACCAGUAAAAAACUCCUCGCAAAAUAAUGUUGCAGGGGUCCAGAUAGGCAAACAGACCAACCAGGGUCAGUCUGUUUAUCCAAUCAAAGCUGUGACUGCCAGGGUCAAUCCCACCACUGUCAGCAAACCGAAGACUGCAGCAGUCUCUGGUGCUCCUAAAAACCCUAAAGGGCGACCAAGAACAGUCAACAGAAUCGUUGGAGCCAUGACAACAUCAGCAUCUACCAAUACAGUGGCCUCAGCACUGUCUCAGUCGAAGGCAGCCAGCCAAUCAAAACCUGCUACCCCUACACCAAAUUCAUUGACUGUUCCAAAUCAGAGUCAAAGCAAGUCAGAUAGUGAGAUGGAAUCUACAAAGAAAAGUGCUGUUGGAGAAAAACCUGAAAAGACGAGCUCUGGUAAAGCAAUCAAGCAGGAAAAGACUUCUGGCAAUGUGUCGGCAAAGUCCUCUGCUCCUGUGAAGAUGGACACAUCUGAGCCCAAGUCCGAGGUUAGGAAGCAAGAGAACCCCUCUGUGGUGGAGAAACAAAAGGCCAUUGUAAAACCACACAUCCUGACGCACGUUAUUGAGGGAUUUGUCAUACAAGAGGGGCCAGAACCCUUCCCUGUUCAGAGAUCCUCAUUACUGACAGAGUUUAUCCCACCAAAGGUUAGUCAGGGUGUGGACAGGGGGGAGGAAGAUUCGGAGAUGGACAGUGCUGGACCCUCAGAAGUUGUGCCAAAGAAAGAAGUUCCAGAGCCAGAGUUUUUCUCUAAGUGUGAAUUUUGUGGAACUGAAGAACAGGCAUCUAGAUUUAAGAGAUCAAAGAGAUUCUGUACCAUGGCAUGUGCCAAGCGGUACAACAGGGCCCACAGAACAUCAGUGUUCAAAACCAGAGGAAAACAUAUGGGCAUUGGAAGAGGAAUGAUAAUGAAGAGAGGCUCUCCUCUGAACCUGAAGAAAGGUCUCAGAGGUCCAGGGAGAGGUGCAAAAUUGCUCUAUGGUGAAAACAGAGAAUUCCCAGAGGGAGAGCAUGAGGAUGCAGAGCCUAUGGAAGAAGGAGAACCUCGCAGUACAUCUAACACUUCAACAUCAAAUGAAAGCUCCUCCGCCCCGGAGUCGCCCGCCACUCCUGGGGAUCGUCCUGAUAAUUCUGUGGAGUCUGACAACCCCACCACAAACCCAGGAAAAUGGACUGUAACAGAGGUGUAUGAAUUCAUCAAGUCCAUGCCUGGAUGUUCACCUUAUGCUGAGGAGUUUAAGUCACAAGAGAUUGAUGGUCAGGCUUUGAUGCUUUUGAAGGAGGAUCAUUUAAUGACUACUAUGAGCAUGAAGUUGGGGCCUGCCCUCAAAAUCUGUGCGAAAAUCAACUCUUUCAGGGUUGAUCUUAGUUAAGUGAACUUCAGUGAAUGUGGUUCCAAGAGAUGUGAGAACACGAGGAAUUAAACCUCCGAGUGGUGUUUCAAAAAGACAAGUUUUUACCCAUGACACCAGAACAUUCAUUGUACUUUAUUCAGAUUGUUUUCAUCUCUUUGUUAAUUAUUGUAAAUUUUAUAAACCGUGUUUUAUCCUUCAUUGACAGUGUGUGUUGUGAUGUACAUGCAAAAUAAACCCCAUGUUCUGCAUUAACUUCAAUAGGCCUCCAUGUAAUCAAGAUAAUUUUACAUUGUAUUGCACAUUUACAUGCAGUUACAUUUGAUAUGAAGAUUUCAUUAUAUGGUACACUUCACCAACAAAUAUUCGUAAAAUUUUUAUUCUUUUGAAAUGUGAUCUCAAACAUACAUAUCCUUUUACAUGUAGGAGAAAGGUCAAGAUACUCCGAUAUCAUACAGAAAAGUUGUAGACGUGUACGUGUUACGAUCUGUGUAAGUAUUGUACGUCAUACAUGUGUGCUCAAAUACAUGCAUGUGUACAGGUGUACAUGUACUUCAUUAUGAACUGCAUGAAUACCGUCAUCACAUUUUUUAACACUUACCGGUAAUGUUUAUUAGAAAAUUAAUACUUUCAUAAAGGAUUUGUAUGUCAUAAUUAUUUUCUAAAACAUGGUGCUUUUUUGUGUAAUAGGUCACAUUUAGAUCAUGAAUAAUGAUUUCAUUCUACAUUGAUAACAUUUCAUAAGAUUUGCUUGAACGUUUUAUGUAUUUUUUUUUCAAUUGCUGUGUUGUUGAUGUGUUUUGAAUAUUGUGCUCUUAGAGAAUUUUUUAUAAAAAGUGUGAAAGACUGAUUUUAGACUGUGCAAUUCAAAACCUUAUCUAAAGAGUCCGACUAUAAUAUGAUACCAGUACUGAAAUUAUUCUCUCAGUUUGUCAAACUUUAUUCUCUAUUAUGAUGUAUUUACUUUCAAAUUAAAAAGUAAGGAUAACAAAAA